AUGGAGUCCUUCAGUUCAAAGAGUCUGGCGCUGCAAGCAGAGAAGAAGCUACUGAGUAAGAUGGCAGGUCGGUCUGUGGCUCAUCUCUUCGUCGAUGAGACGAGCAGCGAGGUGCUAGAUGAGCUCUACCGUGUGUCCAAAGAAUACACACACAGCAGGCCCCAGGCCCAGCGGGUUAUCAAGGACCUGAUCAAGGUGGCUGUCAAGGUGGCCGUGCUGCACCGCAGUGGCUGCUUCAGCCCCAGCGAGAUGGCCUUGGCUACCCGCUUUCGCCAGAAGCUGCGGCAGGGCGCCAUGACCGCACUCAGCUUCGGCGAGGUGGACUUCACCUUUGAGGCUGCUGUGCUGGCCAGCCUGCUGACCGAGUGCCGGGAUGUGCUGCUGGAGCUGGUGGAGCGCCACCUCACACCCAAGUCACAUGGCCGCAUCCGCCAUGUGUUCGAUCACUUCUCUGACCCAGGCCUGCUCACGGCCCUCUAUGGGCCUGACUACACUGAGCACCUUGGCAAGAUCUGUGACGGGCUCAGGAAGCUGCUGGAUGAGGGGAAGCUCUGA